UAAUAUGUCAGGCAAACUUAGAUAGGCACAAAACUUCAUUUAUGCAAUAGGGAACACUUGUAAUGUUGAGAAUAUUCGAGUUUUCAGCACAAAAUGUGAUUCUGUCGUGGAAAGAAGACCGAGCCUAGCCGGGUGGCUGUUAAGAACGUAACUUAUAAAUAUCAUUGUCUUAACAAUGAAACUCAAGAGAAAACGAAGAAAAGCUAUCGAGAGGGAACGUCCAACGUUGGUUGGCUUCUCAAUUGGGAAAGCUACCGUGGACAGAAGGCUGUUUCCGUUGAGAAUGGACAAAAAAUAUAGAAAUACACUUGAACAAGCGGAACGUGAGAUAAUUGCGAAGAUUUCUCAAAGGGAUAAGCUUGUUCAACAAAGGAAAUACCUUAGUGGUUUGAUGAAAAGCCUCGAAAAUGAAAAUAAGGGGGACUGCAACACUGACUUGUUAAAGGAACUUGGCGAGAAUAAAAAGACGUUGCAACAAAAAUUGAACCGUUUACACGCUGAGCUGGAGUCAGAGACAUUCAAAGGAUCCACGUCUAUACAAGGAAGAAUGGCCGAAGCCAAAAGCAUUGUAAAUUAUAAGGUAGAUCAUGGAAGAGAUUCUACUUUAAGUGAUGAACCUUGCCAAGGAAAAGAGAAAUCGUGGUCAUUUGAAAGAAGCUACCAGCCGUUGAAAGCAAAUAUCACGUGUGCCAGCAAGGAAAGAAGCAGACCGACAGGAAUAUUUAAAAGCCAGAUUUUUAUAAGGAGAAGCAAUUCACAAAUUCAACCUGUUAAUAUCGAUCUUUUUUCAACUGGUCGAGAUUUGUUGCAAGUUUUAACUGAGGAACUUGGAGAUAUUGAAGCAUACAACGUGGUAUUUGGAACAAAUAAGGUUGAUUUAGAGAAGACGUUAUUCCAACAAGAAAUUUAUCAUGGCACCACAGUUGACUUAAAUAUCCGUUUGCAAGGAGGCAUGUACAAAAAGAAGAAAUCGGCGAAGAAGCACAAAAGGAAGAAAAACACUCAACCGCCGACAGAAAUACCUCAUGUGACAGAUUCACCCGCGUUGUGGACGAAACAACAAGUAGCUGACUGGGUGUCGAUGAAAUGUGUCGAAUAUGACAUUAAUGAAAGUGAAGUUUUGAAACUAAAAACUCUGAAUGGCAAAGGAUUGGACGAGUUGUCAAAAGAAGAUUGGAUUCGGCGAUCUGAAAAUCAGGGAGAUUUAUUUUUCAAACUGUGGCAGAGAUUAAAGUCAAAUUCUUCACCAGAAGUCGCCGAUAAAGAUAACAAAGACAACCUCUUACCACCUUCUUUGUCCCAGGAUGCACAAGAAGAGUCUCCAAUGCUUGAUUUCGGCAAUGACGACAACAACAAAGUUAAUCAAUCUGUCUUCAGCAACGGUAUUCUUCGCAAAGUCAGUGAUAUUAAAGACAUUGAAGACCUGACGCCGCUGGAGGACUUUGCGACUGACGGCAAAUCAACUAUUCCGACAUUUGGAAGCACAAUAUCAGUGGUCGGAGUUUUAGAAAGUAAGCAAAGGAAGGCUGAAAAUUUUGGGUCCCUUUUGAUCAAAGAUGAGCAAAAGGAUGUGGCAACUCCCUUUAAUGCCUUAAAGGUUGAUGUUCGAGGUAAAAAAGGAAAUACAAUUUUGCGACCAUAUACUAUUAGAUCGCUGUUUGACAACAUCGGAAAAGGUUAUGAAAUAGCGUUAAAGGGUCGUGUUGAAGCAAUGGAGGAGAGUGAUCUUAGCGAAAGUAAAGCUUUAUUGAAAAGCAAUGAACUGUGCGAAUUCCUAAGAUUUAAGUUGGUCAUCGAUUCUGAUCUGCAUUCUUGUGUUUAUGUUGAAAGAAAGUCUGUAGCGUUCAAACGACAACUAUCACAACCUCCGUGGCUCCACAACAUUAAACUUGGCGAUCAUAUUGAAAAAACGAUUGACAUGGUUUUUUGUAACUCAGGAAAUAUUGAUGAAAUAAUGAAAUACGUGGUGGCCUUCAAGAACAGUUACCAUGGAAAUAUAUUAGUUGGCGUCACGGAAGACAGUGGGAGUAAAAAGGGAAAAGUAUCCGGCACAGGUAUGGAUGAAAAUGAAAUCGCCAAAUGGAGAGAAAAGUUAUCGAUGGCCAUUGGAAGCAUCUUGCCAUCGCGUAAUGAUAGCGCUGCAAUCUGUUCAACAAAAGAAGAAGCGUUACAACUUUAUGAGAAAAAUGCUUUUAUCUUAACAAUAGCUCUUUCGGAACAUGAAAAACACAUUAUUUGGGUUCACGUUCCGAAAGGAGAAGCUCGACUUUAUGUCACCAAGGCUUCUGAUGUACAUUCUUAUGUUCGAUCUGGAGCGGAAACUAAACGUAUUACAGAUUUUAACGAACUUUUUUCGCGGUUGGACUCGUUGGGUAGCCGGAAGAUAGUACAAAUCGCAGACGAAGAAUUGGACAUUGACAGGCAGUAUGAAGAGCUGACAAAAAAGAACGUUGGCCUGGAGAAGAAAUACCAAGUACUAAAAGAAUUGAGCUACGAAGGUCAAGAGCAAGAAUUUAAGAUGAUUUUUGGGGACAAUCCAGUUAAAAAAAUACAAGAAAAAUAUCUCACCCAUUAUUCUUGUGGUUUUUUAAAUUCUAUUGGAGGAAGUAUAAUUUUUGGUGUUCAAGAGGAUGAACGAUCUAAGCUUGGUCAUAUUGUCGGCGUAGUUAUGGCCAGUGAGGAGAGAGAAACGUUAGUGAGAACAGUAGCAAAGACGUUAACUAAUUUCUAUCCCCAAGUUAACACCAGUCAGUAUAGCGUUCUGUUUCACGACGUUACGGUGCCAAAAGACUUUAUUGCAAAAGGCAAUGAUGGCAUGUGCAUACUGAUUCGUGGACCGGCAGAGGAAGUUGGGAAUAAGUGGCCAAAAUUCGCUAAAGACAAAUUUCCAGGUUGCUUAUGUCGAGUGAUAAGAGUUGAGACACAACUGUUUUGUAUUGUUGCGGAAAAUUUGAAAGAAGAUAUCGAUAAAGAAGAAAUUGUUAAGCAGUUUAUAAUACAGAAUAAAAAGAAAAUUUCGUUGGAAUCUAUGCAAGAAAAUAGAUUGGAACGUCUUUUAAAGAAACUCUGUAUAAUCGAAUUCGCCGUCAAACGUUCCCAGUAUCCUAUUCACAUGGUUCAACCAAUCGAUACGUAUGUCUUUGACAAUGGAAGUUUGCUUGCAUUCGAUUACAAAACAAUGAUGCAAAGGUUUGAAUUGGGCAUUGAUUCGCCAAUUCAAUUCGAUAUAACGAAAUUCAUGAAUCAUGUUGACAAAUUCAAGCAUUUUGGAAGCUCUUACAUGUUAAUCGCCUCUCCAUUUAAGUUUUCCCCAACUGAAAACGAUGUUUAUGGACUCGUUAUUCCAAAAUGGGCCUUGGCAAUAGAUUUUGAUCAGAAUCCAAAAGAGGAGGGUCAUCUUUGUCAACUUUUUAAUGAGUUUAAUGAUCGUCAUCAAAUGGAAAGAAACCAUUGGAUAAAAACUCCCCAAGAUUUAAAGCUGAAUUUAAAUGCAGACAGAGGUAUUUGCUGGCUUGCAGCUCGAGGAUACGAUGAAAUAGAAAAAUCUCUCUCCAGAAAUGGACAUGGAAGCUGGAAUAUGACUCACCGUGAACAACUACGAUCACUUCUAAAAACAGACUUAGCAGGGAGUAUCAAACCGAAUUUCCUUAACGUUGUUGUAUUGUGGGGUGAAGGGCAUGACGGGAUUGUGGAUUCUCUGCGCGUGAUUCUCGAGGAUAUUUUGAGUAUGAAUGGAAAUCGCACUUCCGUAACAAUUGUCUGUUGCACCUUAAAAGCAAAGAGAUACAUCAUGGAAAAUUUAGUGAAGCAAUUACAAAAGAGCUAUGGUCAAAUUAUCAUGGAGGAACGUGUAUACGUGGCACCGCCUCACGUGCUAGCUAUGCAUCUGUCGUCUAAGCUUGAAGAUCCAUACAAACCAGAAAACGAGUUUCAAGUUCCUCACAAAAGAGAAUACCGAGGGGAAUCUCAAAUAUUUCCACGUAUUCUCCCAAAGCAUAUACGUCAAAAUAUCAAUGGUUAUCUGGAAAUGAUGUACAUUAAUCAAGAAAGAAGGAAUGAACUGUCAACGCCUAAAGAGCGUCAAAAAUUUUAUUCUGGCUCAAAAAUCACCUCAUUAGGUUUGCGACAGAAUUUUGGAAUCCCGAGAGCAAAAAUGGAAGAAUUAGAAGCCAACUUUAAGAUUCUUCUUAAUGACCGAAAGUCGCACGUUUCAAUGAUUUCUGUCAAAGUAGAACGUGGAGCUGGCUCGACAACUAUGUGUUUACAGUUUUUGUUUAAACAUCACGGAGAAUAUCCAUGCGCACAAUUGUCUGACUUUGGUGACGGGUUAUUAAGCUAUAUCAAGGAUAUAUGCCGAGAAACAAAAUUACCACUUAUACUUUUUGUUGAUGACGAAAUUGCUCAACUUCAAGAAUUCUUUGACUUCACAGAGAAGCUAGUUGAAUCCCGGCAGGUCAAUGUUAUCCUGCUUUUCAUUGAACCGAAAGAAGCGAAUUCCAGGAAAGAAACGUCAUCCCCACGGAAAGCGAUGGUUAAGACACGUAUAAAGAGCGCAAGUGAUCAUUCCAUAUAUGGGACAUGUCCAUACAAAGAGGUAAUUCUUCGUCGAGAACUGGAACCCCAGGAAAUGGACAAUUUAACGGAACAUCUUAUAGACAUAAAAAAAAACAGGGAAAGUCAGCUUCGAUCAUUGAGAGAAAAGUCCAAGUUGAACCGAGACUUGCGGACAUUCGUGCAUUUUGGACUGACGGCCUUUGGCGAAGAAUUUUCAGGGUUGAAUCAUUAUGUCAAAUAUAGACUGCAAAAAGUCAACGAGAAACAAAAAAAUGUGCUGAUUUACCUAUCACUUACUCAUGUUUUUACGAAUUCAUUACUUCCAGCAAACGCACUCGCUGAUUUUCUUGAAAAGAAGAAAGUUGAUUUAGACGCUGAAUUCUCUGAUCCAUACCUUCACGAACUCUUAAGUCCAUCUGAGGAUGAAAUAGAUUCGCGCAGAAUAUCAUUCCAUGAAGUGGCUCAAGCAAUUCUUAAGUUACUAGGAUCUGAUGGACAGAGCCAGAAUAAUGCUUCAACUUAUAAUUGGCUUUUUAUCAAAUUAAAAUCUGUUGAAAUGGCAAAAAACGUUCUGAGCAUUAACUCAACUACGAAGUCGAUUGAUCGUCUUACAAGACGGUUGUUUGUAACAAGCGAAUACGAAAGUGAGAAAUUCUCUUCACUUAUAAGAGCAAUGACCAACGACAAAUGCAAAAAGAUUGCUUGCGAUACAUUGCUAGAACUUGUGGAUAUUUUCCCUGAACAAACUUCAUUUGGUUCGCAUCUACUCGCCCAUUUGGCCAAAUAUUAUAUGAUAGAACUUGAAAACUUUGAAAAAGCUAUUCCAAAAAUUGAAAAAGCAGUAAAAAACCAGAAAGAUGAUUCACUUCUUCGGCAUAUUCAUGGCGAUAUUAUAAGAAUCCAUGUACAGAACCUUAAAUCUAUACCUGAUAUUGACAUGCCGACAAUUGUAAAACAUGCUAUUCAAAGCAGCGAUUGUUUUGCAUUUGUUCGCAGUAAAAGGCCGUACGUCAGUCACGGGUAUAUAUCUGAUGCUAUGGUCCGUAUCACGGUUAUGCAAGCAGCGAUUAAAGAGAUGGGUGGGGAGAAGGAUACAAGCUUCAUUGACUAUCUGUGCCAAAUGAUAGACAAUAUGAAAAAAGAAGGGAAUCAUCGAUUACGUGUGAAUGAAAAAUAUCUACUUUCGCUAAUUCCAGAUGUAUAUCAGUUUCUUAACGAAGGUGUUAUUGAUCCUGACCACAAAGAAAAAUGGAAAGGCGAAUUUCUUAAAUGUAUCAGGAAAUUAGAAAAUCUCAGACGACUUUGUGAUAAAAUUCAGGACGAGAAACAUGUUUUUGAAAGAGAAGAUUCCGUAUUGCUUCACGAUGUUGCGUUGCAAAUUCUUAUCUUGAAUAAUAGUCUCGAAAUAGAACGCAAGACUUUAAAUCCAGUGGAAAUUGAACGUUUAGUUAAAGAGAUCUACGAUCCUGAAACGAGCAGAAAUAUGUCUGACCAGCAAAUGAAAUUUUGGUUGCGACACUCUCGGCACCAGAAAAAGGUACCGAAUUUGGAAAACAUUAGAAAACAAGUAAAAAAUUGGAUGGAUCAUGCGAAAAAAAAGGGUGGCAUAUUGCCGGAUGCAGAGUUUUACAAUUACGUUAUCAACUUCAUGAUUGCAAUAAAGGAUCCAAAAGACCGAGACAAAAGAGAAAAGGCAGAGAGAAUAAUUAAAAGGCAGCAAGGAAAAAAGUUCAGAAGAAAAGAAGAUUCUCCACUUCCUAUUGAAUGGCUUAACGCUAAAGACCGUCAUGUUAAUUCGAUCGACAGUCUGUUACACCACGAUGAUUUGGUGAAAGAAACAAAUAAGCAAGAUAGGAAACAGCGAGAUGAACAGCGUGGACGUGAUGUCAUUGAAGGAUUUUUGUUUGAAAAAAAUGUCGUAAAAUGGGAAGGAACUGUAAAAGAAAUACAAAGAGAUUGGCAAGGAACAAUUGUAUUUAAAAACCACUUUGAAGUUAGAUUUGUCCCUCAAAAUGUCCAGCCAUCAAUGCCAGAAACUGGUGAAACAGUUAAAUUUUGUUUAUCUUUCGACAGACUUGGUCUCAUGGCCUGGGCGGUCGUUCGCGCUCCUCAAAACACUGUACAAAAAAGUAUUUUAGAAACGGUGAGUAGCGAGGAAUCUAGUAGUGAAGGCGAAGAUGAAAAUGGGGAAGAAGACGAGGUCGUAUUAGAUACGACAAUUUUUAAUCGAUCAGUCAGUGUUGAAACAGAUGCCAUUAAAAAGGUUUGGGAAGAUUACAAUGGCCAAAGAAUGCAAGGUGUGGUUGUUUCUACAAAUCCUAAAAAAGGUUUCGGAUAUUUAAAGCAUCAAGAUGUAUCAGGGGAUCUUUUCUUUCAUGCAUCACAACUUGUUCAGCCUGUCAAGUCUCUGAAAGGAAAUAUAUUUGCACAUAUGGUAUUAGAAUUUAAAGUCGAGAAGUUAACAGAAAGGACUCGUGCUGCAGAUAUCCAUGUUCUAAUGGAGCAUCAAAUAGACGCAGCUGUGGCACGUUUUCGUGAGAAGAAACAGGAUUCGCCAUCCAUAAGUCGUCGGGAAAAAGAGCAAACUGUCAGACAGAAAAAAAUCCCUGAUACGAAACGUCUGGAAGAAGGAGUGGUUGUACGGUUAGCUAGCGGGCAAGACUUUGGAUUUAUCAAGCCGGACAGCAAGGAAUAUGGCAGGGCUGAUAUUUUCUUCCACCGUAGAAAUCUUAUGAACAGAGAACAGCGCCCACAUGUUGACGACCGUGUCCAGUUCUACACAACCAAAACCAAAAAAGGUUACGAGGCAAAUGACAUUCGUGUGCAGAGUCAAUCUGCCUCGGCCAAGAAUUGGGACCAACUGUCUGGUAUUCAAGAAGGAGUGGUGGACAGUAUAUCAGAUGGCGGGGGAUAUAUAACAAGCGAGUCGAACACUCAUUUAGGUUUCCUACAAUUUUAUAAUAGGGAUGUAUUAGACAGAAACGCACAAAUCGUUGAUGGAACGAAAGUCCAUUUUAAAGUUAUAAAACGUGGUAGCAAGUCAAUUGCAAUAAGAAUUAACGUGAUUGGUUCUCUUAACCAAGGAAAAUAGAACAAUAUACAACGAAGUGAUGUUUUAAUCUUUGUCAUGUUGUUAGAUUACCAUAUUCGUCAUUUAAUUGUGGAAAAUAAACACAAUAUUAAACCUAUUUGAUGAACACAAAGCUAAAACUUAUAUAAACUUAAAACCGUAUAUCGAUAGUAGCCGCCGAGGUGACGACGCUAUUAUGAGAGCAUUUUCGAAUAUGAGUUUAUACCAGCCUCGUACCCAGGCGCUUUAAUAUUAAGAUAUAUAAUGUUACAUACGAUACAUACGUUACAUAUAUAACGUUGUAAAAUAUAUGUUGUAAUGUUGGUAUCCACAUAAGAUCCGUUGGCCCAGUGGUUAAGGCUAGGGCCUACCAGGU